AUGAAUUCCUUUCAACAAUUUGACUCUUCAUCAAACACAGACACCAAAGCCAUCAACCUCACACCAGGUACCACCUCCAAUUUCGCAUCACCCUCGCUACCAACACAACCACCACCACCCACAUCAUCAUCACCAUCAUCACCACCAUCAUCAUCAUCGUCCUCCACCACUCUGAGUCGCUACGAAAACCAAAAGCGCCGAGACUGGAACACCUUUGGUCAGUACCUCAGAAACCACAGACCACCACUUUCCCUCUCUCGCUGCAGUGGUGCGCACGUGCUUGAAUUCCUUAGGUACCUCGACCAGUUCGGGAAAACCAAGGUUCACACGCAGCUCUGUCCCUUCUUUGGGCACCCAAACCCACCUGCACCCUGCCCUUGUCCUCUACGCCAAGCAUGGGGAAGCCUUGAUGCUCUCAUAGGUCGCCUCAGAGCUGCUUUUGAAGAAAACGGAGGCAAACCUGAGGCUAACCCUUUUGGUGCUCGUGCUGUGAGGCUUUAUCUUCGUGAAGUGCGUGAUUCACAAGCCAAAGCUAGAGGAAUCAGCUACGAGAAAAAGAAGCGCAAGCGUCCCCAACAGCCUCCACCAUUGCCUCCACCACCAUCAAAUAAUGCUGCAAGUUAG